CAAAGAACAGCAUAUUAUUUAGCCGUUAUGUUUUGUUGCAACUUCAAACAACGUAGCAACAUGUUCCAUAAAAGAUAUUUCAUGUUGCUAUGUUCAGAGAUAAAUAAUUAGGAAUAAAGUUAUGUUUCUAGUUAAUUGCAGCCAUUUGGGGUUUUGAGAAAAGUAACCCAUUUUUCCAGAGAAACCCAAUCCAAACUUACGGCAGAUGGUGGGGGUUCUCCACUUCACACAGGCUCCAGCUUCAUUACAUGCUUCUGCAUAUGCUCCUACAGCUGAGCAGAAACACUCACAAUCUCCUCCCGUGUUGCAGGCACACGUAUCUGCCACACAAGCCUCAUAGUACUGUUCUGGCUCCACCUUUUUAGAAAAACGUAAUUGUAAAUGCAGAUGAGAAGAAGACCAUUAUUUGCCUCAAUGACGACAUAUAUACCCAUAGUGUGGACUUUAAAAGUAUUUUCCAUCAUGGGGGCAAGGACAGUCUUCCUCUUCUACACAGCCUCCGUUCCCAUCUGACAGCAGGCCAUUGGGACACACACACCCUGAGACGCACUGUGAACUCACCUGCGCAAUAUGGUGGAGAAGUGAGAGCCUCCUCUGAUGGAACAGACAGCAGGACAGUUUGCAUCUACGCAGCUCCACUCACCCUUUGAACAGGGGGCGAUAUCUGUUUUACAUCCAGAUUCUCAACCACAACAAGCUCAGUCGCGCAUGCGCAGCCAAUGUGACCAUCAAACAUGGAGACUGUUUGAAAUUGAGCGGUGCUGCAAUUUAAAAUCUUCUAAAACUUUAAUGUAACAUUAAAAAACAGAUCUCUUUGCUCAGAACGGUCCCCAUGGACAGGAGUGUUGAUGGUGCUGAGCCGGAAGAAAAUGAGAGAUCCCCACCUUCAGCCGGACUCCAGUCUCCUCAUAUGGAUCGUAACCCGUCGCCACCCCCGGACCAAGCUGAUGGAGACGAGGGAGAAGAUCUGGAUGCCAUCGGAGGCACCGUUUACAGCAAGCACUGGCUUUUCAGCACGCUGACUCGACUCAUUCAGACGAUUACAGAGCAUUCAGAAGAGAACUCAGAAGAUCAGAUGCAGCUCUCUGACGAUGAGGAAGAAGAUCUUUGCAGAGUUUGGGACAUGGCCAUGGAUAAGGACGUGGCGGGUUUCCUGCAAGAAUUCAAAGCGGCUGAUAUCCUUCUUGGAGUCAUAGCCAAAUCUCGCUGCCCACGUCUUACAGAAAUUUGUGUAGGAAUCCUUGGGAAUAUCGCCUGUUUUCCUGACACAUGUGCGACUCUCAGCCAAAACGAGGAUUUGGGGGCUGUGCUGUUGCUUCUUCUGGGAGAUGCUGAUCCCCCAACCCUUCUAGAAACCAGCAGACUGCUGUUGACCUGUUUGUCUCAAAAAGACUUCUGUUCCCUGUGGCUUCAGCGAAUACGACAGCAGACGUCUGUGUGCUCCAGCCUCUGUUUCAUCAUGAGCAGUUCUACUAACACUGAUCUGCUGGAGAAGGUGGGAGAGCUGAUCGACAAACUGUUUGACCUCGAUGAAGAAUUAAUGAGGUGCUGGAUCACAUCUCAGCCGAGUGAUGAGAAGGAGCGAGACGGGGACAUCAAUCUGGAGUUGAGCUUGUGUCUCCUUGAGGCAGCAAAGCAGCUCAGGUCUGAGAGUCCUGAUGGUCUGGAGGUUUAUCUUCACAUCUUCCAACUUCUCACCACUGUAGAGGAGGGCAUUCAGGUUUUUGCUGCGCCUGAUGGACCUGGCAAACCACUGUGGGAGUUUGUUAGUGACGUUGUGUGCGAGGACCUCUGUCAGCCAAAUGAUCUUCCGGUUGUCCUGCAUGAGCAGAAAAGCAUUUUAAUUCAGGCGCUGUCUGUGCUGCAGGCUCUUUAUAGAUGCCAGGAUCUGUGGUGCAGCAGCAACGACACAAGUCCAUCUCUGAUUGGGUCAGUCUUUCGGGUGUGCCAGCAUCAAAGCGAGUCCAAAAAGGAAGAUUCCAACAAAGACGAAGCAAAUGAUGACCAGCUGCAGACUCUUGCAGAGAUCUCCUCAGAGUUUCUAGCUGACAUUUGCCUUAAUAUUACAAAGGACACGGUUACAGAUUUAAUAAAGAAUGACGACCUGACACAGAAAACUUGUCAAGCAGCUGCAGCCUGUUUGCUCCCCAAUUUUAAGACUUCUUUUCAGCACCUGCAGGCUGCGUUGUCAGAGGCUGAUCCUCAAUUGGCAGACAUGAUGAGGACUCAGUUUCCUGUCUGAGGCUCCAGCUGAUCUGUGUUUAGCUCUCAAUCAGUUCCCUGCUGCUUUUUAUAGCGCCUAGUAUUUCCUCUCCAAAUAUUUGUAUUUCCAUGCGAUAGACAUUAUCAUUAAUGGUAAGCUAUCAGUUCUUUUGAUAACUUGAUCUUGGCAAGAUUAAAGAUCCGUACAUGUUUUACAGUUUUUAAUUACUUUUUUUUUAUUAAGAUUAUAUGUGCCCUUUAUUGAAUCAUUGAUGUAAUGAUGUGAUAGAAAAAUUUAAAACAAACAGUCGCCCAAUAUGAUUUCAGGACACCAAACACACAUACUUGUUUUGUGUUUUUGCUUAAUUGAGGAUUUAUGAUGGCGACGGACACUUUUAUUGACACCCUGGGUACAUUUGUUUAAAAUGGUUGAAAAUGUUUUUGCUGGAGCAUAAACUUGCAGUGAAAAUAUUGUAAAAAAUCCAGCCUUUUUUUUUUUGGAGCAUAACUACUGAGAAGUGGGGGAAAAUAAAUCCAACAUCUAAUUAUUCUCCUUUUAACUCAAUCGAUGUACCACACCUGGUGAUUUCUCUAACAGUUCCUAAAAAAAAAAAACUUUUCAUACUUUUUAAAAUUGAUCUUAAAGGACUAAUUUAUUUCAAGGCUAUUUUCUUUACAAAGAAACAUCCAUGUCUCCAAGCAACAAUCAUAACUGAGAAAUGAUAUUGUUGCUUUUAUUCCAUCCAUCCAUUUUCUUGCACCCUUGUCCCUUAGUGUGGUGCCCAUCUCCAGAAAACGUUCAGAGCGAGAGGCGGGGUCACCCUGGACAGGUGCUUUUAUUACAGUAAAAUAAAAUGUAUUUCACCUGACCAAACAGAUCAUCUUGGAUGACAUUAAUAAUUGGUAGAAAUGUUCUUUUCCACCUUUUAACUUGUGUGUCACAAAACCUAAAAAUAAAUGUUAGUUCAC